AUGGAUGUAUGGGACUCGGUAGCACGCAACCUCAACACUCUGGAGGAGUUUGACCGACGCCAUUUCGACGGCAAGAAAGCCCAGGCCCGUUUCAACAUACUACUCCGUGACCACAGAGACCGUAAUGCUGCAUUGCAGCCAGCGUCGGGCGUUGACGAGGAAGAGAGCGACAAGACUGUUCUCCUGGAUGACCUGUGCGCUCAAGUUGACGAUGCCAAGCACGAGGAGGCACGCCGGGCGGCCAUGGAGAUAGAGGCAGCUGAACGGGCUGAAGAGUCGGUGGUAAUUGUACGAGAGGAAGCAAUGACGUCCUUAGGGAAACGAAAAACAAGAGAAGGUGACGAAGAAACAAGCGGUGGCAAAAUGCUCAAGGUGUUGUCGCUUAUGAACGAGGCCAACAAGGGUCAACUCGAGUUAAGAAAGUAA